AUGGAGGAGAAUAGCUCAACCCGUGAGCAUGUGCUCAGAUUGUCUGGGUACUACAAUUGCUUGAAUCAAGUGGGAGUUAAUCUUUCAGAUAAGAAAACCACUAGUUUCAAGAGAAAGAGCAAAGGGAAGAAGGGGAACUUCAAGAAGAACGGCAAGCAAGUUGCUGCUCAAGUGAAGAAGCAUAAGUCUGGACCUAAGCUUGAGACUAAGUACUUCUACUGCAAAAGGACUGGUCAUAUUGGUGUAAAGCGCAUGAAGAAACUCCAUGCUGAUGGAAUUUUGGAAUCACUUGAUUGUGAAUCACUUGAUGCUUCCGAACCAUGCCCUAUGUGUAAGAUGACUAAAACUCCGUUUUCCGGAACAAUGGAGCGAGCAACAGAUUUGUUGGAAAUCAUACAUACUGAUGUAUAUGGUCCGAUGAAUAUUGAGGCUCGCGGCGGGGUCAGGGUUGGAAAAGCUCCCGAGGAGAGGGAGAUGAAUCUGAACAGGAUAUCAGCUCUGGAAUUGUCUGUCUGUGCUUAUGCAGAGAAGAGGGAUGGAAUUGUUGUGUACCCAACCAUUGCGACAAGUUUUGACUCGUUGGAUGAAGCUUAUGAAUUCUAUAAUCUGUAUUCGUGGGAGUGUGGGUUUGGUGUUAGACUUGCAAAGAGCAGAUUGAAUGUUGAAAGGAAGAGAUGCAUGCAAGAGAUUGUGUGCGCUUGUGCGGGCAAACCCUUGAGGGAAAACAGCCGCUCGACCAGGUGCGGAUGCAAUGCCAUGAUUAGGCUGCUGCGGUCGAAUGACAAGGGCUGGUAUAUAGCAGAACACAAGGAUGAUCAUAACCACCCGUUGUCGUUGACCUGUGGCCAGAAAAUGCAUUGGAAGUCGCAUAAGCAUAUAGACAGAUACACAAAAGAUCUAGUGAAACAGCUGAGAGACAACAAUGUGGGGCUGGGGAAAGUGUUCAGCAUUGUUGGAAGUUUUUUCGGGACAGUGGAUAAAGUGUCAUUUACCAAGAGGUCUUUGAAGACUCUGUGCCGAAAGUUGAAUAGAGAACAGUCUGACAUGGAUGCAGUCAAGACGAUGGCGAUUCUAGCUGAAAUGAAAGCUAACGAUCUUGACUUCAAUUACACGGUGCAAGUGGAUGGGGAGAACAGGCUGGCUAUUGAGGCUGAACUACCAAACACAGUACACCGUUGGUGCAAGUGGCAUGUUCUGAAGAAAGCAAAGGAGUCGAUGGGUGUGCUGUGGAGCAAGAACAGUGACUUUAAGAUGGAGUUCCACAAGCUAGUCCAUCACAUGAUCACAGAGGAAGAAUUUGAAGCUGGUUGGCAGCAGAUGCUGGAAAGAUUUUGCCAAUUACUAAUAUGUGGUGUGUUUGUUUUGCAGAGUGGUGUGUCGCUUAGAAAUAACCUGCCAUUAGAAAGGCAUGCUAGCAAGGUGUACACGAGAGCUAUGUUUGAGAAGUUCGGUGAAGAGCUGUAUAAGUGUGGUGCACAUGUAUUGGAUGAGAUUGUACCAAGGAAGGUUUACAGAUCAACACAUGUAGAUGCUGCAGCAAGAGAGAAAUGGAGUAAGGUUGAGUUCACAAUCGAAGUGGAUGAUGAAGAGAGUUUUUUCAGUUGUGAGUGCGGCAUGUUUGAACACGCUGGGUUGGUUUGUUGCCAUGCAUUGCAGGUUAUGGUCCACUUCCGCCUGUCGAAGAUACCAGAGAAGCAUAUAAUGAAACGCUGGACAAGAGAUGCAAAUGAUGUUCUCCCUGCACAUUUGGUCCGAUACCAGAAAGACAGAGGGCCUCCUUCCAGCGAUACAUUCAGACAUCACACAAUGUACACGAAGGCACUAGAGUGUGUGCUGCUUGGCGAUAGCAAUGUUAAGUGCUAUGAUGUUUUUAUGACCAUGAUGAAGGAGGUCCAAGCCACUCUGUUACCAUUAAGCGCCGAAAAGGACGGGAUGGGGCUAGCAGAAAGGGAGCAACAAAAUCAGGUUUUAGUUCAGGAGCACCCAGGGGCGCUUCAGGUAGAAGGGGGCAGCACAAGGCCUGCUUGUGAUGGUGAAACAAGUUGUUCAGGGAUCAUUGGGCAGCAGAAUAAACGCCCGAGAGGGAGACCGACAACUAGCCGAGACAAAGCUCCGUAUGAGCAACAUUUGAAGAGAUCAUGGUUUUGUACUAUCUGCACGGGGCAAGGGCACAAGUGCACCGCUUGCCCUGAGAGAGGCGAUGUGCCGAAAAUGCCAAGGAAAUUGCCGAAGUGUACAAAUUGUGGUGUGCUUGGGCAUCGUCGCAAUGCUUGUGGCACGAAGAAGUCUGGACCUUUUGAACCCAACUUUCUCUGAGGAACUUAGUAUGUUGGCUGUGUGGAUACUGUUUUC